UAUAAAUAAUAAUAACACACGGAAUUCUUCCAAAAUAAAAAUCAUCUAAUUGCGAGACAAACAUAACAUUAUUUUGUGCAUCUGCGAAAUUUAAACAGAGAACAUGGGGAAAGGUCUGUUUUCAUGGACGACGGAGAACAAAGAAAGACUAAAAAAUGCAUCUUUGGAGGUGGCACUGAUCGAUGAGAAGGGCGUUGAGUUCAAAGGUCAGGGAGGCCACAGAUUCCAGCUUUCUGUGCCUGCCUCUAUUUUUACUCCCGAUGAUGAUGAUGACGACGAUCUUGAUUUCUUUCUCGCUUAUUUUUUGGGAAAACAAGAUGAAAGCAGCAAAGAAUUUGAAGAAAAGGUAAGGACUCUCAACGAAAAGAUUCAAAAUGUGGAAGUUAGUCUGGGGCUUAGAGCUCUGGAAGUGGUUAUGGAUCACAUAAUCAACACAUUUGCAAACGGACAAGGAGAAAUUAAGGCGGCAGAAGAUUCAGAUCUUGAUAAAAAGGUGGAAAAACUUGUUAAUUCUGGUGGAGCGAACAGAGGCGUAUUGAAAGCCGUGAUGACAGAGUUCAAAAAUCUGUCACGUUCUGGCCUUGCGGGCAUUGCGGUGGAAAUCCCCGACGAGAGCGAUAUCUGUAAGUGGCAUGUGAAGAUGGACAUGAGCCUGUUUAAAGAUAGCGAGGGUUUGUAUCAAGAUCUGCAGAAUUACGCUGCUAGGGUUAGCGAAAGUAGGGUUAAUAAAGAGACAGAGAAAGGGAAGGAUUAUUUCAGCGGUAUAUUGCUAGAGGUGUCGUUUCCCAACGAAUAUCCAUUUUCGCCCCCUUUUGUCCGCGUGCUUAGCCCUAAGUUCCGGUUUCACACGGGACAUGUGACCAUCGGGGGUGCCAUUUGUACAGAAAUGUUGACACCCAGCGGCUGGCUUCCGUCUCUUUCCAUGGAGACUGUUCUUGUUGUGAUCCAGAAUGUGAUUGUGGACGGAGAAGGGAGGUUGGAAUUGGAGGCUUCUGCAUCUGAUGCUCACAGGGAUUAUACUGUGGAGGAGGCUCGUUCAGCUUUCCAACGCUUCGCUCGUCAACAUGGAUGGAUCAAGUGAAGGUCAAACACUUUUGCGGAGAGAAAUUCAUUCAUAGUUUUACAUUGUUGUUUUCUGUUACGUUCCGUUCUGUUCUGUUCCUUUU